CGGCCUCAACAGGAGGAGGAGGAGCCAAGAAGAGGAGGAGCCGCAGCAGCCAUGGCCGUCGUCGUCGCCAUGGCCUUGCAGCGGGGCCGGAGCCCCAGCGCCCCCCAAAGGGGUCCAUGCUUGGCGGCGUGGCUGCUCCCGCUGCUGUCCUUGCUGCUGCUGCCGGAGGCUUGCUGGGGGUCGGCGUCGGGAGGCGCGGUGGCCCUGGAGGAGGAGAUCGUGUCGGAGAAGGCGGCCGAGGCCAGCCACCGGCAGGACAGCGCCAACCUGCUCAUCUUCAUCCUCCUCCUCACCCUCACCAUCCUCACCAUCUGGCUCUUCAAGCACCGCCGGGCCCGCUUCCUCCACGAGACGGGCCUCGCCAUGAUCUACGGAGUGCUGGUGGGCGUGGUCCUCCGCUAUGGCAUCCACAUCCCCAGCGACAUCAACAACGUGACCCUGAGCUGCCCAGUCCAAACCAGUCCGGCCACCUUGCUGGUCAACUUCAGCGGCAAGUUCUAUGAAUACACCUUGAAGGGGGAGAUCAGCUCCCACGAGCCCAACAAUGUCCAGGACAACGAGAUGCUCCGGAAGGUGACAUUCGAUCCGGAAGUAUUCUUCAAUAUCCUGCUCCCUCCGAUUAUAUUUUAUGCAGGAUACAGCUUGAAAAGGCGGCAUUUCUUCCGAAACCUGGGCUCCAUCUUGGCGUAUGCCUUCCUUGGAACAGCCAUCUCCUGUUUUGUGAUUGGGUCCAUCAUGUAUGGUUGCGUGGCUCUCAUGAAGGUCAUGGGGCAGCUGGGAGGGGACUUCUACUUCACCGACUGCCUCUUGUUCGGGGCCAUCGCCUCCGCCACCGACCCAGUGACGGUCCUUGCCAUCUUCCAUGAGCUUCAGGUCGACGUGGAGCUCUAUGCCCUCCUUUUCGGAGAAAGCGUCCUCAACGAUGCCGUGGCCAUUGUCUUGUCUUCCUCGAUUGUCGCCUACCAACCGGCGGGAGACAACAGCCACACUUUCGACGUCACCGCAAUGUUCAAGUCCAUUGGGAUUUUCCUGGGGAUUUUCAGCGGAUCCUUUGCCAUGGGAGCCGCCACCGGCGUUGUCACUGCCCUGGUCACCAAAUUCACCAAACUCCGUGAGUUUCAGCUUUUGGAGACUGGACUCUUUUUCUUGAUGUCGUGGAGCACCUUCCUCCUGGCCGAAGCGUGUGGUUUUACAGGGGUCGUCGCCGUCUUGUUCUGUGGGAUCACUCAGGCGCACUAUACCUACAACAACCUUUCGACAGAGUCCCAAAACAGGACAAAACAGCUGUUUGAGCUCCUUAAUUUCCUGGCUGAAAACUUCAUCUUCUCUUAUAUGGGGCUGACGCUCUUCACUUUCCAGAACCACGUCUUUAAUCCGACGUUCGUCGUGGGAGCUUUUCUGGCGGUCUUCCUGGGCAGAGCAGCCAACAUUUAUCCGCUCUCUUUCCUGCUCAAUUUGGGACGAAGGAACAAGAUUGGGACCAACUUCCAGCACAUGAUGAUGUUCGCGGGCCUCCGUGGAGCCAUGGCUUUUGCGCUGGCCAUCCGGGACACGGCCACGUACGCGCGGCAGAUGAUGUUCAGCACCACGCUCCUGAUCGUCUUCUUCACCGUCUGGGUCUUCGGCGGCGGCACCACCCCCAUGCUCUCCUGCCUGCACAUUAGGGUUGGCGUCGAUGCCGAUCAAGAAAAUCUGGGCUUGCCGGAAAAUGAAAGGCGGAGCACCAAAGCGGAGAGCGCCUGGCUCUUCCGACUUUGGUACAACUUUGACCAUAACUACUUGAAGCCCCUUCUGACGCACAGCGGCCCGCCUUUGACGACAACCCUCCCGAGUUGCUGCGGGCCCAUUGCGAGUUGCUUGACAAGCCCCCAGGCCUACGAGAACCAGGAGCAGCUGAAGGACGACGACUCGGACCUCAUUCUGAACGACGGCGACAUCAGCUUGACUUACGGCGACUCGGCCGUCAACUCGGAUUCCUUGACAUCCACCGCGGGUCGGAGGCCGGCUGGCAACGGCUCCGAAGACCCCCUGGACCAGGAGCUGGCCUUUGGGGACCACGAACUGGUCAUUCGGGGCACCCGCCUGGUCCUGCCCAUGGACGACUCUGAGCCCCCCUCCGGCGUCAUAGACAACGCCCGGCACGGCCCGGCUUAGGGCCCCGUCGCUCCGCUGGAGACCAAGACCCAACUAUCGAUUGUGAAGAAAGCGGAAACGUACUACCUACGACACACACACAAACCUACUGCAUGUUUCCGAAUGUCUUAAGCUGUAUAAAUAUGACUUAUUUAUAUGGUGUCAGGAGAGAGAAAAAUACGACGAGACGGCUGAGAAACGACUCGAGUGGCGGAACUGUUUCGGGAAGGACCUUUUUGCCGUAGCGGGUGCAGAGGAAGCAGCUUGUCCUUCUCGACUGUAUAAACCAAUCUGCUUUUCUUGAUGGUUUUCAUAAUUUGCCGUUGCUUCUCGGAGAUCGGAAAGGAAAAAGGUGGUGAUAAGAAAGCUGGCUUCUUCCAAGCAUUGAGUUUUAGCUGCCCAGCGGAGUGGCUUUGUAAAGUUUAGGGGGUGACUGUUUUGGAGCAUCUUGGCCUUUUCUUUGGACUCAGAUUUGGACUUUUCUUUUGAGGUUGACUCGGAUAAGUCUGAACAAAACUGCCUUCGAAUCCUACAGUGUUAGUCUACAGUUGAGGCUCUGAGGUUUAGUUUUUGACGUCUCGUUGGCGGAAGUCAUUGGGAAUUAUUUACGAAAAGGAUGGCAACAGGUUCUGCUUUUGGUUGGUCUUAAAUAUCCCUUAGGACGAGGGUUCACCAUUCGUGUCGGAGUCGCAGCUUGGCUUUCUUUCUCUCGUAGAGAGUUCGAUAAUAUUUCUAACAGAGGAGAUGAUGAAGCUGUCGCCGGGUUCCCUUGUAACCGUUUUGGGUAGCCGUGCCUUGUUGACGCACCAAUGUUUCUGUGUGUUGCGUCGUUUCCGAAAAGGCCACCGUGCUGUGAAGCCGAGAGAUUUCCGGUUUUUAAAAAGAGGCAUUUUAGACAAUUAUUAUUAUUAUUCGGUGGCACCGAAAGGGAGCUGGUUGUCUGUCCGUCCACCUUACUGUAUAGUUGCACUUUCGUUCGGUCACUCCGCAUGCUUUUGCGUCUUGAACAGAGCGAGGAAAGCCUUUGGGUUUUGUUCUUGCUUGACGAGAAAGAACGACGUUUGUUUUCUUUUUUUGCCCAAGGAGAAGCCGCGAACAAUGUGCUGAUACGACACUCGACGUAUUCGGCUAUAUCUUGCAGUCAUUUUGCUAUUUUCUUCCUUAACGGUGCAGUGGACAGUUUUGAGAGGCUGAGGAUUCUGAAUGUCAUAUUUUUUAUGUACAGCUCAGAUGUAUAUGUGUGUGUGUGUGUGUGUGUGUGUGUGUGUGUGUGUGUGUGUGUGUGUGUAUAUAUAUAUAUAUAUAUAUAUAUAUAUAUAUAUAUAUAUAUAUAUUCCCCUUUGACUUAACCAUUGACAGAUCUUCUUACAGUCAGAGGUACUGUAAUGCUAUCCAGGCAUGAGCAUAACAACACUCCAUUUCAAACUUAGCGACUGUCGGACCCAGUCGUCGUAGGAUCAAGUAGGAGUACAUCUGCUUCUUUGGCUUAUUCUUCAAUUUUUUUGGGAAACUAGGGGUCAGAUUCCAACCUGCCCCCUCCCCAAGUUGCAAACCCAAUUGCUUCCAUUUUUAUCCCAAAUCACACUAUUCUUUAAAAUAAAAGGACCAUAAAAGUGGAGUCCAUGAUUGGAUGGAUACAUUUCAAUAAAUGCAUUAACUGCAUUCAAUAAUAAAGAAUAAAUAAAUUAAUAAAUGCAUUCAAUAAAUGCAAUAAAUGCAUUAAGGGAUGCAGGAAUUUUUGCGGUGGAAGAUGUAUCUGGGUUCAGAUUUCCCCCCAUAAAAUAUCAAAAAAGUCUUCCCUUUUUUUCAAUAACGGGGUUUUGGCUUCAUUUGGAUAUUAUUUAUCCAAAUCGUUUUAGAGCCAAAACCAGGUAACACUGUGUUGUUGAAGACGUUCAUGGCCAGAAUCACUGGGUGGUUGUGAGUUUUUCAGUCUCUGUGGCCAUGUUCCAGAAGCAUUCUCUCCUGAUGUUUCACCACAUCUAUGGCAGGCAUCCUCAAAGGUUGUGAGGUCUGUUGGAAACUAGGCAAGUGAAGUUGAUAUAUUUAUAUAUCUAUGGAAUGAUGCCCAUGGUGGGAGAAAGAAUUUUGUUUGAGGCAAGUGUGAAUGUUGCAACUAGCCAUCUAGAUUAGCAAUGAAUAACCUUGCAGCUUCAAACCCUGGUUGCUUCCUGCCUGCAGGAAUCUUUUGUUGGGAGGUGUUAGCUGGCCCUGAUUGUUUCCUGUCUGGAAUUCCCCCGUUUUCUGAGUGUUGUUCUUUAUUUACUGUCCUGAUUUUAGAGUUUUUUUUCAAAACUAGUAGCCACAUUUUGUUCAUUUUCAUGUUUUCCUCCUUCCUGUUGAAAUUGCCCACAUGCUUGUGGAUUUCAACAGACCUCACAGCCUCUGAGGAUGCCUGCCAUAGAUGUGGGCGAAACAUCAGGAGAGAAUGUUUCUGGGACAUGUCCACACAGUCUGGAAAAUGAUUCUGGCCAUGGAAGCCUUGGACCACACAUUAAACAAAGUCACCGUUUUCCUUUUUUUGAAACACUUCUGUGUGUUCUCAGGUCCGAAUUACAUGCCUUAAGUAUAUACAUCCAUGUGGUUUUCGGCUUCCCCAGAAUCACAGCUUCUAUGACUCCUAAAAGUAUGAAUUCUGGCUUCAACGAGUCAAGAAUAAUCUUUGUUUUGCAUAUAGGGAGGUUUCUUUAGAAGAUCUGGUUCCAUUUCUCGGCCGGUUUGUGCGAGAAAAGCAAGGCCUUCCAUUGCACCGUGGAAAUGCCGUUUCCCAUUGUUAGCCGUUGGUUGCUUCGUUCCACAACGUCUUCUCCUUUUUUUCCCUGCCAUGCAGGAAUCCCAUAAUAUGUUUGUACGUGUAUGAUUUAAUAUGAUGUCUGUGUGUUUUUAAUAUUAGAAGAAGAAUAAUGAUAGGAAACAGUUCUUACAUCACUCGUGCGUUGUAAUAUUUUCUUGGAGGCUUUUUCCUAGACGGGUUUAUACAAGAUCCUGUUUAUGUUUCAACCAGAGACAAUUAACCUGGUUUACAGAAGAUCACAGUAUAAAAUACAGUAGAGUCCCGUUUUUUCGACAUAAACGGGCAGGCCGAAUGUCGAAUAACUGGAUCUGACGGAUAAUAGGGAGGCCCUAUUAUCCAGCAAGCCGGUUGAAGGAAGUGUCCCGUGCACGUUGCUAGGUAGAUAGCAAGCUACCUAGCAACAUGCAGGAGCGCUUCUGCUCCGCCUCUUGGGAGGUGCCCUGCGUGUUGCUAGGUAGAUAACAAGCUACCUAGCAACGCGCACAGGCGCUUCGCUAAGCCGGGUGCUCACCUUGGGAAGGGCCUGUGCGCGUUGCUAGGUAGCUUGCUAUCUACCUAGCAACGCACACAGGCGCUUCUCUGCUCGUCGCCCUGCCUCUUGGGAGGUGCCUGUGCGCGUUGCUAGGUAGAUAGCAAGCUACCUAGCAACGUGCAUGAGCGCCUCCCAAGGGGCCUGGGAUGUCGGAUAAUACGGAGUGUCGGUUAACCGGAAGUCGGUUAACCGGAACUCUACUGUACUAGAGAACGUUGUCAAGCAAAAGGACUACUGUCUUUGUAGUUACAACCUUCCUCUUCUGCUUUCCCUUCUACCCCUUUAAUUGGAAGAUUGUACCUUUCCUGUAACGUCCCUUUGGUUGAUGUUCUUGAGCUUACCGUGCAACGAAAACAAGAGGAAAUGAUAUAUAGACAGUACAAUAAGGUUACAAUUUGUGGGGCUCAUAUAAGUACCAUUACUUACUAGUCUCAAAGCUUCCUCUCUUCAUCUCUGUGCAGUGGAAUUGCGGAUUUGCCACUUGUUUACAUGGAAACGUUUAUUAAAAGUGACACAUUUCGGAAUGGAAGCUUCUUAGAAGAAGUAUCGAUACCAACGUACCCAUUUUUGUUAAGAGACAUAACCAGGUUUACAAAAAGAUGCCUGUAUGGUGUCAAACAAAAUGAAUUGUCUGUUGUCUUUGUUGUUAAAAGCUUCCUCUUCUGAUUUCCCCUCUACCUCUUGGAUUGAAAAUUUACAUUUUCCAUAUAAGAUCCCUCUGGUUUAUGUUUUUGGGGCAAGGAAGCAAUGAUACUGUAAAUGAGGAAAAGAAUAUAUAGACAGUAUAAUAAAGCCACUCUUUGCGGGGCUCCUACUAUAUAAUAUUAUAUAAUAUCGUUAAGCGACUUGAAUUGGCUUCUACUGUCUUUGUAGUUAAAAGUUUCUUGUUGAUUUCCCCUCUACCUCUUGAAUUGACAGAUCACAUCUUCACGGCAAUAGCAUCUCUGGUUUAUGUUUUUUGGGGCAAGGAAGACAAAUGUGUUGCAAAAGAAGAAAUAUAUAUAUACUACAAUAAGAUAACACUCAUUGCUUUCUGGAAUCCAACAGGAAGCUUUUAACUACAAAGACAGCAGCUAAGUCAUUUGGCUUAACUAUUCUAUAGAAUAGAUACACAGAUAGAUAGAAAUAGAAAGAUAUAGUAGAAUAAGUACACAUUGUACUUGCUUUCUGGAAUCUAACAGUAAGCUUUUAACUACAAAGACGGCAGCCGAGACACUUUGCUUAACAAUAUUCUAUAGUGUGUGUGUGUGUGUGUGUGUGUAUAUAUAUAUAUGUACAUACACACACACACACACACACAGUACAAUAAGGUAACACAUUGUACUUGCUUUUUUGAAUCCAACAGGAAACUUUUAACUACAAAGACGUUAGCCAAAUCACUUUGCUUAACAAUAUUCUAUAGUAUACACAUAUAUAGUACAAUAAGGUAACACAUUGUACUUGCUUUCUUGAAUCCAACAGAAAGCAUUUAAUUACAAAGACAGUAGUCAAGUCACUUUGCUUAACAAUAUUCUAUAGUAUAUACACAGGGCCGGCCGGAGAUAUUUUUAAAUGUUAAGCGGGGGUGCUAAAAAGCGCCCCCGCCACCGGCCCCGCCUCCGAUGCCCUGGCCCCGCCCAGCGUGCCCUGGCCCCGCCUCCCACGCUGUGUGGGAGGCGGGGCCAGGGCGAAUAGUGCGGGGGGCGGGGCCAGAGUUGGCCCCGCCCCCCGCCCAGCGUGCCCUGGCCGCGACCAGGAAGUAAGGCCCGAAUGGCCUAGCUGUGCUGUGCGCGUGCGCACAGCACAGCUAGGCCAUUUUGCCCUUAGUAACAAACUAAGGGCAAAAAUGGCUUAUCUGGCUGUGCGCAUGCGCACAGCACAGAUAGGCCAUUUUUGCCCUUAGUUUGUUACUAAGGGCAAAAUGGCCUAGGUGCUUGGCGCGGGCGCGGGGAUUGAAGCCCCGCGGGCCCGCGCCAACACCGGAGGCGUCGGUGGCGCUACGGGUCGCUGUCGACGCCUCGACAGCGCCCCUAGCAGCCAGCGCCCGAGGCGGCCGCGUUAGCGGCCGCCUAGUAACAACCGGCCCUGUAUAUACACAUAUAGUACAAUAAGGUAACUCAUUGUACUUGUUUUCUUGAAUCCAACAGGAAGCUUUUAACUACAAAGACAGCAGCCAAGUCACUUUGCUUGACAUCAUUCUAUGGCAUUGUAUGCUAUGAAAACACUCCAGAAAUAUUGUCAAGCAAAAUGACUUGCCUACUCUCUUUGUAGUUAAAUGCUUCUUGUUGAUUUCCCAGAUUGAAAGAUUGCAUCUUCCUAGUAAUAUCACCUCUGGUUUAUGUUUUUUUGAGGGGCAAGGAAAACAAUUGCAUUGCAAAAGAUGGAGAGAAUAUAUAGACAGAACAAUAAGGUAACACUUCUGGAAGGCGGUCCCCAUACAUACAGUAUGAUAGUAUAGAAAGGCAUCAAGCAAAACAACUGGACUAAUGCCUUUGUAGUUAAAAGAUUCUUGAUAUCAAGCGAAAUAGCCUGGCUACUGUUUUUGUAGUUAAAAGAUUCCUAAUGUCAAGCGAAAUGGCCUGGCUACUGUUUUUGUAGUUAAAAGAUUCCUGAUGUCAAGCGAAAUGGCCUGGCUACUGUUUUUGUAGUUAAAAGAUUCCUGAUAUCAAGCGAAAUAGCCUGGCUACUGUUUUUGUAGUUAAAAGAUUCCUAAUGUCAAGCGAAAUGGCCUGGCUACUGUUUUUGUAGUUAAAAGAUUCCUGAUGUCAAGCGAAAUGGCCUGGCUACUGUUUUUGUAGUUAAAAGAUUCCUGAUGUCAAGCGAAAUGGCCUGGCUACUGUUUUUGUAGUUAAAAGAUUCUUGAUGUCAAGCGAAAUGGCCUGGCUACUGUUUUUGUAGUUAAAAGAUUCCUGAUAUCAUGCGAAAUGGCCUGGCUACUGUUUUUGUAGUUAAAAGAUUCCUAAUGUCAAGCGAAAUGGCCUGGCUACUGUUUUUGUAGUUAAAAGAUUCGUGAUGUCAAGCGAAAUAGCCUGGCUACUGUUUUUGUAGUUAAAAGAUUCCUGAUAUCAAGCGAAAUGGCCUGGCUACUGUUUUUGUAGUUAAAAGAUUCCUGAUGUCAAGCGAAAUGGCCUGGCUACUGUUUUUGUAGUUAAAAGAUUCCUGAUGUCAAGCGAAAUGGCCUGGCUACUGUUUUUGUAGUUAAAAGAUUCCUAAUGUCAAGCGAAAUGGCCUGGCUAUUGUUUUUGUAGUUAAAAGAUUCCUAAUGUCAAGCGAAAUGGCCUGGCUACUGUUUUUGUAGUUAAAAGAUUCGUGAUGUCAAGCGAAAUAGCCUGGCUACUGUUUUUGUAGUUAAAAGAUUCCCGUUGGAUCCCACAAAGCAAGCUUUCAGGGGACUAUGGAUCACUUCCCAAAACUGUGGCUCUUGAAUGUACUUAAUUCUUCCUGGAGUGUCCCUUUUUGAACAAAUAAAUCGGGAUUUUUCCGGUACGAAAAAUCGUAAUUCGAAAAAGCUCUUCCUGGAACCGUUUUCUCGGGGAUGUCGCCUUCCAUUUCUUUCCUACAUCUUUGCCAAACUCCAUUUUCUGUUGACGUUCUCUCUCUCUCUCUCUCUCUCUCUCUCUCUAUAUAUAUAUAUAUAUAUAUAUAUAUAUAUAUAUAUAUAUUUACUCCCAUUCACUCGUUUUGCAAAUUAGUCGUCGGGCUCGUUCGGUCGACAUGCCCACUUUCGUCCUUCUAAGGCCGACAACGACUUACCGAAUUAAUAUUUAUCUUGGGAUCGUUUCCAUCCUGGAUUUUAUUGCAUGUGAAUAAUAAAAAUAAUAAUAAUAAUUGAGAGUACCUUUGAAUACGGAUCAAACAGGUCUUUCUUUAAGGAAGAACUAACAGUAAAUGGUAUUGACUAAUUUCUUUGUUGCCGAAUAGCGUCCUUUGUCUUUAAUUUUCUUGUUUUUCCAUGGUUCUUAAUGGCCUCAAAACACAGCUGUGGGGAAACUCAAUUACCUUUUAAACCCAGGUGAUGGUAAAACUUGACAAAAGUUUCUUUCGAGUUCUCUUUCCCCCUUGAAAUGGUCUGUUUGUUCAAAUGGAGGUCGAUUUAUUCUCCAGCGACAGACACGGUCAGUCGAGUUCAGGUUUACUUUACUGUUGGAAUUGUCUGUUUUCUAUCGUAUAUUAACUGCUCUAGUUGUGAUGUUCUUGUAAUUAUAUACUUAAAAAGCAAAAUUGCACCUUUUAUUUCGGGUUUAUGAUGACUAAUUCUUUUAUUGUUACUUGCACUGUGAACAACAACAAAAAUCAUGGGCCUAUAAACACAAGUUUGUUUGA